UGUCUGUGUCGUACUCUACUCUGUACUCUGUGUGUCCGUCGCCCCAGGGACCGUCUUCGUCACUGUCCCCUUUGGCUUAACAGGAAAACAUCCCCACACGGACAUGUCUGACAUAGAAGAGGAGUACGAGGAGCAGGAAGAGGAGGAAGAAGAAGAGGAGGAGGAGCCUGAAGAUGAAGAAGAGCACUACACUCAGGAGGAGGAAAAGCGUCCUCAACCCAAACCCAUGGCCCCACCGGUGGGAAACCCCAAGAUCCCCGAGGGCGACAGGGUGGACUUUGACGACAUCCACAGGAAGCGCAUGGAGAAGGACCUGCAGGAGCUGCAGACCCUGAUCGACGUCCACUUUGAGCACCGCAAACAGGAAGAGGAGGAGCUUAUUGGACUCAAGGAACGAAUCGAGCACCGUCGAUCAGAGAGAGCUGAGAUCCAGAGGGUCCGAACGGAGAAGGAGAAAGGCCGACAGCAGCGCAUCGCGGAGGAACGCCACAGGAGGGAGGAGGACGAGGCUAAGAGGAAGGCCGGCGACGACGCCAAGAAGAAGAAGGUGCUGGCCAACAACUUUGGAGGCUUCCUAGCCAAGUCGGAGAACAAGCGGGGCAAGCGUCUGACCGGCAAGGAGAUCAAGAAGAAGACCCUGGCUGAGAGGAAGGAGCCACUGGGGACCGAGAGCCUGCGGGAGGAGGGGCUGAGGAAACGGGCGCAGGAGAUGUGGAACUCGAUUCACCAGUUGGAGUCUGAGAAGUUCGACUUCGUAGAGCACAUGAAGCACCAGAAAUACGAGAUCAUCGUGCUGCUGAACCGAAUCUCCCACGCUCAGAAAUUUAAGAAGGUUCAUGGCAAGGGGAAGGUUGGCGGCCGAUGGAAGUAGACAACGCAUUCACGGAGAGGAGGAGAAAGUCAAAGUUUGAUAAAAGGAUACAGCCUAAAGGUGUGAAGGGGCGUCCAUGGAAGCCUGAACUGGUCAUUAUUGCAGAAUGGACGUCGAAACCUUCCAGUUUCUUCCUCAUGGUGGUACGACAUGCUGGGAUAAUGGAAAACAAUAAAGUGACCCGAACUGAAAAGUUUGAAAAGUAUUUUUAUUUGAU